CCACCAAAUUGCCUUUUCUCUCUUUUUUCUUUUGCAAGCCCUAAACCCCAUAUUUUUCUUUUCUGCCUGAGUUCGACACCUUGUCCGUUGGGCUUGGACACGGAAUACACGUAUAAAUUCUUGUGAAAGCAAAUCAAUCCGGGAGGGUUUUAAUAUUUUUUGUUCAGAAAAACUCAAUCUACAGUCGUUGCGGUUCAUCCAUGGCGACCAUGCUGCAACCACAAAUAAUUUUGCUCAAGGAAGGAACGGAUACAUCUCAAGGUAAAGCCCAGCUGAUCAGCAACAUAAAUGCUUGCACGGCUGUUGUGGAUACGGUGCGGACGACGCUGGGGCCUCGCGGCAUGGACAAACUUAUUCACGAUGAUCGGGGCUCCAUCACCAUUUCUAAUGACGGGGCAACUAUUAUGAAGCUUCUUGACAUUGUUCACCCUGCUGCAAAAAUCCUUGUAGACAUUGCAAAAUCUCAGGAUUCAGAGGUUGGUGAUGGAACUACAACCGUUGUACUUCUGGCAGGAGAGUUCCUUAAAGAGGCAAAGCCUUUUAUAGAAGAGGGAGUACAUCCUCAAAGCCUUAUUCGGAGUUAUCGGACAGCAGCUUAUCUGGCUAUUAACAAAGUUAAAGAGUUUUCUAUCAGUAUAGAAGGAAAAAGUAUUGAGGAAAAGAAAGGCCUUCUGGAGAAAUGUGCUGCUACUACACUUUCAUCUAAACUCAUUGGAGGAGAAAAGGAAUUCUUCGCCAAGAUGGUUGUUGAUGCUGUAAUUUCAAUUGGUCAAGAAGAUCGAUUAAAUAUGAUAGGCAUUAAGAAGGUACAGGGAGGUAACAUGCGUGACUCAUUUUUAGUUAAAGGUGUUGCUUUUAAAAAGACAUUUUCAUAUGCUGGUUUUGAACAACAACCAAAGAAAUUUUUGCAUCCUAAACUUCUUCUAUUGAAUGUUGAGUUGGAGCUUAAAUCAGAAAAAGAAAACGCAGAAGUUAGGUUGUCAGAUCCAACAAAAUAUCAAUCAAUUGUAGAUGCAGAAUGGAAUAUUAUAUAUGAUAAAUUGGAUAAAUGUGUGAAAAGUGGGGCGAAAAUUAUAUUGUCUCGAUUGGCAAUUGGUGAUUUGGCAACUCAAUACUUUGCCGAUCGAGAUGUGUUCUGUGCUGGCCGUGUAACAGAGGAGGAUCUACAACGUGUUGUUGCUGCCACGGGGGGAUCAGUGCAAACUUCUGUGAACAAUAUUGUUCCCGAGGUGCUUGGAACCUGUGAACUUUUUGAAGAGAAGCAAGUGGGAAAUGAGAGAUUCAAUGUAUUCAGUGGGUGCCCAUCUGGCCUGACUGCAACUAUAGUUUUACGUGGUGGGGCAGAUCAGUUCAUUGAAGAAGCAGAAAGAAGCUUGCAUGAUGCCAUCAUGAUAGUUCGAAGAGCUUUGAAGAACUCAACUGUUGUAGCUGGUGGUGGUGCUAUUGAUAUGGAAAUCAGUAGAUAUUUGAGACAGCAUGCACGAACCAUAGCAGGGAAGUCGCAGCUAUUUAUCAACUCCUAUGCAAAAGCCCUUGAGGUUAUUCCACGUCAACUUUGUGACAAUGCUGGGUUUGAUGCGACAGACGUGCUAAAUAAGCUCAGACAGAAGCAUGCACUCCCUUCUGGUGAGGGUGCACCUUAUGGUGUGGAUAUAAAUACAGGUGGUAUAGCUGAUUCUCUUGCAAACUUUGUGUGGGAACCUGCAGUUGUAAAGGUAAAUGCGAUCAAUGCUGCCACAGAAGCUGCUUGUCUUAUUCUCAGUGUGGAUGAAACAAUUAAAAAUCCGAAGUCUGAAAGUGCUCAAGGUGAAGGAGCUGCAAAUGCAAUGGCUGGCCGAGGACGUGGUGGUGGUUUCCCAGGCCGAGGUCGGGGCAUGCGUAGGCGAUGAGAGCAGCAAUAGAUGAAUACCAUCUGAUUUGUGAUACAUUCAUUUCUAGUGAAGUUGAUCGAAGUCUCGAUUUUAUACCAUGCUGAAUGGAUGAAUGAUUUGCAUAUCAAUUGUGGGAUGCACUCAACGACAAAAUAGAACAGUAUUUAUCUUGAAAUUUUGUAUUGGGGUGGGUAUCAUUUUUUCUAGGAUGGCUUGUGUGUUGUUGAGAUUAUUUGCUUAUAUGCCUUUGUCAUUGUUACCAGAUUUAGAUGGAUUCUGUUUGUAAUCAUGAUGUCUUAUGCUUCCUUCAGGAUCAUUCUUUUUUA